UAUCAUGGUGAAUUCUAGCUAUUUAAACUGUAAUCCUAAUAAACUCGGAUAUCGUUGACAGUGAGUAGCAUAAUGGCUAAGAUUGCAGAAGAAAAAGGUAUCGACGAGAAAGAGGAAUAUACACAAGAUGGAACUGUGGAUCUUAAGGGCAGACCAGUCCUCAGAUCGAAAACCGGAAGAUGGACAGCUACAUCCUUCAUUGUAGGGUAUGAGAUGACAGAGAGAAUGGCUUACUAUGGAAUAGCUACAAACUUAGUAUUGUAUCUGACUAGAAAGCUGCAUGAAGGAACUGUGACUUCUUCAAACAAUGUCACCAAUUGGGUUGGUACUGUUUGGAUGACACCCCUUCUCGGUGCCUAUCUAGCCGAUGCUCAUUUCGGCCGAUAUUGGACCUUCGUCGCUUCCUCCAUAAUCUAUUUUCUGGGAAUGUGCUUAUUGACACUAGUAGUGUCACUACAAGCACUGAGGCCACCAUCUUGCGGUGGAGGUGUGAAAGAAGUGGACUGUGAGAAGCGAGCAUCGCCUUUCCAAAUCGGCAUUUUCUACUGUGCAUUGUACAUAAUUGCAAUUGGAACAGGUGGAACCAAGCCAAACAUCUCAACCAUGGGGGCAGACCAGUUCGACCAGUUUGAACCGAAAGAAGGAGCCCAGAAGCUCUCAUUCUUCAACUGGUGGAUGUUCAGUGUCUUCUUCGGGACUCUUUUCUCCAACACUUUCUUAGUCUACAUACAAGAUGAAGUUGGCUGGACUAUAGGCUAUGGCCUUCCUGCUUUAGCACUAUUGUUUUCGAUAGCUUUGUUUCUUGUUGGCACACCUUAUUACAGACACAAGCCACCUGCAGGAAGCCCAUUGACUAAAAUGGCUCAAGUUCUUGUAGCCACUGUAAGGAAAUGGAGAGUAGCUGUCCCAAGUGACCCUCAAGAUCUUCAUGAGCUAAACUUGGCUGAGUACAGCAAACCUGGAAAGUAUAUCAUUGGGCACACUCAAUCACUAAGGGUCCUAGACAAAGCUGCUGUGGUGGUGCCGAGCAAGGAGGAUACCUCAUGGAUAUUGUGCCCAGUGACACAAGUUGAGCAGACCAAGAAAAUGAUAAAAAUGAUUCCGAUUUUACUAGCAUCAUGCAUUCCUAGCACAAUGGUUGCUCAAACUCAUACUAUUUUCAUCAAGCAAGGAACCACGUUGGUGAGGAGCAUGGGGCCUCAUUUUAGUAUUCCUCCGGCAUGUCUGACAGCGUUUACCACGAUCUUUAUGUUACUGAGCAUCGUGCUCUAUGAUCGUCUGUUUGUGCCAUUUGUCCGACGUUACACUAAAAAUCCAAGGGGAAUCACAAUGUUUCAGAGAAUGGGGAUAGGCCUUGUCAUACAUGUCAUUAUGAUGAUAAUUGCUUGCUUUUGUGAAAGAAAGAGGCUAAGUGUGGCAAAAGACCAUGGGAUUUUCGGAAAAAAUGAAACUGUUCCACUUAGUAUUUUCAUUCUACUACCUCAGUUUGCUCUAGUUGGGAUUGCAGAUAACUUCUUGGAGGUGGCAAAAAUUGAGUAUUUCUACGAUCAAGCACCAGAGGGCAUGAAAAGCCUUGGAACUGCAUAUUUCACAACUAGUCUGGGAGUCGGGUAUUUUCUGAGCAGUCUGAUUCUUUCCACUGUUGCCAAAGUCACCAAGAGGAAUGGCAAUAAGGGCUGGAUAUUGGACAACCUGAAUCUCUCUCAUUUAGACUAUUUCUAUGCAAUGUAUGCAGUUUUAAAUUUCCUCAACCUUCUGUUCUUUCUGUUUGUCACAAAGUAUAUUGUUGAUAGCACAGACACACAAACUCUCUUCCAGUCAGAGUUGCAGACAGUCCGCGACAAAUCUGAUAACUUGGAUACCUCAGAUCAACAAAAGAUCGAUGAUGUCAGUGUCUUGAAUAAAUGA